GUGGGAGAGAAAGAAAAGACGAGAGUUGUGGUGAGGUUUGUGGGGAGGAGAAGUUUCUCUUUCGAGGAAUGGGGUGGUGGAGAAGGUGGCAAAUGACAAUUCAAGUGAAUAAUGGAGAACAACAACAACAACAACCACAACCUCAUCGUCCCUAAUCCUCAAGAUUCACUGUGGAUGAUGAAUUUGAGGACUGGGGAAACAAUGGAUUCUGGAUCUUAUCCGGAGCGUCCAGGGGAGCCGGAUUGUUCAUAUUACAUGAGAACAGGCCUUUGUAGAUUUGGUGCAACGUGUCGAUUUAAUCAUCCUCCUAACAGGAAGCUGGCUAUUGCCACUGCAAGGAUGAUAGGCGAGUUCCCAGAAAGAAUAGGGCAACCAGAAUGCCAGUACUAUCUGAAGACAGGAACAUGCAAAUUUGGAGCCACAUGCAAAUUUCAUCAUCCUAAAGAUCAGGCUGGAAUUGCUGGAAGAGUUGCCUUAAAUAUUUUAGGCUAUCCUCUCCGCCCUAAUGAGCCUGAAUGCACUUAUUAUUUGAGAACCGGACAAUGCAAAUUUGGGAACACUUGCAAAUUCCACCAUCCUCAACCAAGUAAUAUGAUGCUCUCAUUACGGGGUUCUCCUGUUUACCCUACCGUCCAUUCUCCAACUACGCCUGGUCAGCAGUCAUAUGCUGGAGGAACAUACAUUCCUAGUCCUCGAUGGCAAGGUCCUUCAAGUUAUGCGCCCUUAAUUCUACCUCAGGGAGUGGUUUCAGUGCCUGGGUGGAGUGCAUACAGUGGUCAAAUGGGGUCAAUCUCUACUUCAGACAGUCCACAGCAAGCAAUGAGAAACGGUCAAACAUAUGGAACUUCUCGUCAAGGUGAGCUUGCAGGAUCACAAGGGGCAUAUUCUCAAUUCCGUUCUGGCACCGUUCCUGUAGGGUUUUAUACAUUGCAGAGGGAGAACAUAUUUCCUGAGAGACCUGGUCAACCCGAAUGCCAAUUCUACAUGAAGACAGGAGAUUGUAAGUUUGGCGCAGUCUGUCGGUUCCACCACCCACAAGAGAGGCUAGUUCCUGCUCCUAACUGUGUCUUGAGUCCCAUAGGCCUUCCUUUACGUCCUGGAGAACCUUUGUGUGUCUUCUAUUCUCGUUAUGGCAUAUGCAAAUUUGGCCCAAGUUGCAAGUUUGACCACCCAAUGGAAAUUUUCUCUCAUAAUAUCUCUGCAUCUCCUUCAGCUGAUGCCCCAAGCAGGCAUCUGUUAGGAUCUUCAUCUGGAACUGCUGCGUUAAAUUUAUCUUCCGAAGGACUUGUUGAGUCAAGCUCAGCAAAGCCCAGACGGCUUUCAUUAUCAGAGACAAGACAGAUUCCUUCUGGUGAUGAUGACAUCGAUGAUGAUGGAUGAUGAUGUCUCUUGAAAAUGGGUCAUUUGGCUUUUACAAUUUUUUUCUGAGGGGGGAAAUGAUUAAUCUGUAAAUUGAUUUUCCCAUUGCUGGAGAUGUACAGAGGUCAUGUCAGGUUGAUUCUGUCAUUCUGAAAUUAAAUGCAGUUGACAGAUUCAAUUAUUCUGGAUUUCAUGUUACCUGGCUGAUUUGAUAAAUUUAAGCAAAUGUUGUCACGUUUGGUCAAUCCCAACGUGAACAAUCCUUCUGUCCUUAAGCCACAACUCUUUCUAAUUAACUUUUCACAUUAUGUAAAAAACCUCUUACUGGAAAUCUGUAAUGACCAAAUUUUAACUCUGAAUAUUUAUUGGGUGCCGGAUUGAAACUUGAAACUCAUUUCAAAUCCUCUCAUUUCUCACUGCA